AUGGCGAUCGAAACGCUACAACAAAAAACAUUCCAAUGUCGAAGGACGUGUCUCCGAACAACGCCGUCGGCCGGUCGUCGGCCGAAGGGUCGUCGUCGCGGCAGUUUUUCGUCGUGUCGAUCAGCGGAUCGGUGGAGGCGGCCGAGUUUCCCGAGCACGACGAACUCUACUGCAGAUACUUCGUCGAGUUCGGCUCCGACUGGCAAAUCAUCUCGGGAGUAGCCGAGGGCAUGUCGCAGAUUUCUAAGAAGAGCAAGUGCCACAUUGACGACAGGCAGCUGUGUGUCUGGAAUUUGCCAGUCGAGCUCACCCUCAAGUCGACCAACAUCACCGGAUGGCCGAAAAUUGUGGUUAGCGUCUACGGAAACGACUCGUUUGGCAAUGACGUUGUCAGAGGCUACGCAUGGAGUUUUGUUCCGCUCGAAAGCACUUCUACCACAUUGAGCAUGCCGGCAUUUGUUCCUGCAUCUUCAUCCAAACUGCAAGAAAUGACGGCUUGGUUCACUGGAAGACGACCCGAAUUUCUCAAUCCGGCAAUCGUCGUGCACGGAGAAAGCAGAGAACUUCUGCGCACUUCUUCUCACGGCCACGUAUUCGUCAAGGUGAACACCCUGAUCAAGGACCUGAGCAAGUGCGGCUACGAAAACUGCUACAAGCAGGCGCAGUCGUACAGCCUGGCGUCGAUUGUGAGCGAAAUGGAAAAGUUCUCCGUCAGUUAA